UCCCCUCACUUUUUUUCCAGAACCACCACCAACUCCCUCCCCAAGCCACAGCCACAACCAAAACCCCAAACCCCACCCCACCCCAGCGCGCCGGCGCCACCGCGGCCGCCACCGCCGGCCGCGAUGAGGAGGGGCAAGGCGAAGAAGGAGAAGGAGAAGGCACCCCUCGGUGUCACCCUGGACAAGGUCGCCACACUCUCACCCCACCGCUGCAGGUGGCCUGGCUGGUGCUGGGACGACGCCGACCUGGAAGACGGCGACGUCGCCCUGGUCCGCAUCGACCCCUGGACAGGCCGCAGCCUCGCCGCCGUCGAGACCACCUUCUCCCAGCGCGACUACGUCACCGCCGCGUGGCUGAGCGAGAUCGCCUCCCUCCUCCGCGGCCACCGCCUCCGCGCGCCCCUCGUCGUCGGCCUCGUCGCGCUCCGCGGCCGCCCGCCCAGCGAGUCGUACUGGAACCGCAAAGGCCACCCGCAGCACCGCGGCAACCCCAUCCGCUGCAUCGCGCUCUGCGUAGGCGGGUCCCACGCGCUCCUCUACCAGCCCGAGUGCCGCUACCUCAACCACACCGGCGGCCUGCUCCCCUUCAGGGACGACAACAGGAUGAAGCGCCUCCGCGAGUUCCUGGGCGACAAGCGCGUCGUCGUGGCCUGCGUCGGCGCGGCGAAGGUGGCGAAGAAGCUGGCGGAGGAGUGGGGGCUGCACGUGGCGCGGCCAAGGGAGCUGACGGAUCUGUUCGCGCACGCCUACGGGAAGGGGGCCGGCGUGGAGCCCGAGGUGCUGCCGGGGAAGCCGACGAAGCCGCCUGAGUGGAGCUACUCCUGGAUGAGCGUCGAGGGGGCCAAGAGGGCGCGGGCGCAUGCCGAGGUGGAGCAGCAGCUGUACGAGGAGAAGAGCAAGCCGGGGAGGUGGAUCCCCAAGGUGAUCGAGGUGCUCAGCAUGGAGUACAUGGCGCGGGAGGCGCUGGGCAAGGACAUGCGGCUCGCGCCGUGGCCCGCGAAGCUGGCCGACUUGGACUGGGGCCGCCUCGACCAGCUGGAGAACGAGCACUGUAUGUACGCCACGCGCGACGCCUACCUCUGCUUCGACAUCGCCGCCCACUGCCUCCCGAAGAUCGGCGAGCCCGUUGCCUGAGAUCGUACGUUCCAAGCCGCAACCUGCAAUUGCAUGCCGUCCCUCUCGCGAUCGACAUGCCGGUAACUCGAUGAUCUACAUACAUCUCGCCUAGCUACUCGUUGGCACGAUCUGAACUUGCCGACAACUGUUUGGUUUCAAUGCUUGGGUUGAAUCCGUGUGCCGGUUCAUGCUAUACACUCAGUUGCUCUUGUAGUAUUCCAUUAGACAAUUACUAGUACUGUUUCUUCUUCUUCUUAUGGCCGGUAUGGUACAUUGGUAUACCUGUCAUGGAAUGCUGUUGGUGAUACUUGAUUGAAAUGGAUGCAGUUUGAUCUGAUAUAUAUGUGGCUAGUCUUCGCUUUGAUA